UUUUACAUUAGAAUUUUCAGCAGUCUCUUCCCUUUGCAGGCUAAGAGACCCAUCAAGCACUCCAUUAUAAAUUUGUUGCCUCAUACAUACAUUGCCAGAUAGAUCAUUCGCCUCAAUAACUACAGCUGAAUGGGCUUCAAUGGCUGCAAUGAAUCUGAUCAACAGGCAAAGAGAGCUCCUCCGCCUCGAGCUCGAUCAGCUGUAAAGAGCAGUAAUCAUGAUGAUUCUUCCAAUCACAGAAGGAAAGGUGCUGCAGUUUUUCCAGAAUCAGAAGUAGAGAAAUUUGAUAAUACCAAGGAGCAGUCAAACUUCAUUCAAAAGUUGUCAGAUGGUAGUAAUUUCAUGUUAGCCUCCAUUUGCAAGUCUCCUGAUUCGCGGGAUGUUUGCUGGAACCUCAAUCCCCGCGAGCACUUCUCAUCAAUCCUAUCAUUAUCUGGAAGUGAUGUUUCUUUCGACGGGCACAUAAUAAGUCCUGCAGACGAAGCAAGCUUUGUUCUUGAUAGACUGUUACAGGUUUCUGAUGGGGGAGACUCAGAGGAGGAAGUUGCCGUAUGGCUGCAUAAUCCACCGAGCGCUGUAGUUACAAGUUCUUCUGUAUGUUCUGAGAAUGGUGAUUCAUCCAAUAAUAGAUCAUCCUGCGACGACUCGUCUCCGUUUGAAACCUCAUCUACAUCUCUUAGCACUCUAGAGGAGACACCCUUGUUUGUUCGCGAUUUUGAUAGAAUGGGAAUAUGGGUAUCUUCACUGGAUCUUGAUGCUGAGGAUUCCGAUUUUGUACAUGAAACGGGGCGAGGUUCUGAUGUUUCUGACUCUGAUUUCCCCAGCCCAUCAAUUUUCAGUGCAAGACAAAAGUAUCGGUAUGGAUCUUCUAGCCUGAUAACUUCUUUUGUGCAGACAGAGGAGAUUGGGAGUUCAUCAGAAAUGUGCGACUCUGAUGAGCCUCUCUUCUGGCCGUUCGAUGAAAAAUCCUAUUGGCUUCCUGAAUUUGAAAAGAACUUUCUGCGCACAUCACCUCGCAAGGGCGUUAAAAGUUUGAAGCCAGCGAGGUUGAAGAAUGAUCCCCGUGAUUCUGGAAAGAGUAUCGAUGAGAAAAAAUGUAGGAGAAGGCUUGCUUUCGGUCCACGAGCAAAGGCACCUGCUGGAAAGCACAAUGUUGAAACCUCAAUCGACGAAAACACUCAGAACAUUAGUGAAUGGUCACCUUCAGGAUUGAGCAAAUCACAUCAGACUUCUAUAAAUAAGUGUCCAUGCAGCAUCGAGAUAACAGAAAGGGCUCCUCUGUCUGAUGUUAAGAGCCAGAUACACACAUGCAAUAAACAGUUGCAAGAUGUUCCUUUACCGGAGCCUGACUCCACCAACCUCCAUGUUUCAAAAGAAGUUUCAAUUGAGAAAAUGGUUGGAUUGAAUGAAUUUGAUGGCCACGAGGGGCUCAGUGUCGAGUCUGAAGAGGAGUGCACUCUAAAAGGAUCACCCUUCAAGAUGAUGAUCUCAUAAAACGAUGCGAAUUGCACCGCAAGAAACGUCACGUUAGUUUCGGAUAACCUCUGAGCGCGAUCGCCACAGAUGAUCAUGGAUGUGCAUCUGAGAGACUAGCCUCCAAGGAGCUUUAUGAUUUCAUAGGAGAAAAUGAGUGUUGUA